CUAAGGGACUUAUUCCAGCAAGCUUUGGAGAAUUCUCCGUCGAUUAUCUUUAUUGACGAGGUAGACGCGCUAUGUCCAAAACGUGACGAGGUCGGUAAUGAACUGGGAAAACGCGUCGUCGCAACCCUUCUCACGUUGAUGGAUGGAAUCACUAAUAAAAACAGCGGAUCACAAGAUCGCGUUGUGGUCAUUGGGGCAACCAAUCGACCGAAUGCAUUAGACGAAGCUUUGAGAAGACCUGGAAGAUUCGAUCGGGAAAUAGAAAUUGGCAAGUUGACAAGUGUGCCGCAUGCUCUUUCAUCCGAGGAAAUUCAUGAAUUAGCGGCUAAGUCGCAUGGUUAUGUCGGUGCCGAUUUGGCGGCAGUUUGUCGAGAGGCAGGAUUAAAGGCAAUCAAGAGGGGUGUUAAGGAAAAACGCAAUCAAGAUAUCAAAAUUACCAUAAAUGAUAUGAACGAUGCGAUGGGAGAAAUUAGGCCUAGCGCCAUGAGGGAGAUCCUUCUUGAAGUUCCUAAAGUUUAUUGGUCAGACAUAGGCGGUCAACAAGAAAUAAAGCAAAAAUUGAAGGAAUCAAUUGAAUGGCCCUUGAAGCAUCCCGAAAAAUUUUCCAGGCUCGGGAUACGGCCGCCCAAAGGAAUCCUACUAUACGGACCCCCGGGUUGCAGCAAAACUUUGAUGGCCAAAGCUCUUUCCACCGAAGCCGGAUUAAAUUUCAUCGCCGUUAAAGGUCCGGAGCUUUUCAGUAAAUGGGUCGGCGAAUCGGAGAAAGCGGUUCGCGAAGUAUUCCGCAAAGCACGCGCUGCUUCUCCAUCAAUUGAUGAAAUAGAUGCCCUUACCGUUAAACGCGGAGUUGGUGGCGAAGGUGGAACAUCGGUGGUGGAACGCGUUUUAUCACAACUGUUGAACGAGUUGGAUGGAAUCGAACCAUUGGUGAACGACGAUGCCUUGAUGAGGCCUGGUCGCAUUGACAGAAUAUUAUACGUGGGCCCGCCGGAUCUGAUGUCCAGGAGGGAAAUAUUUAAAAUUCAAUUGAAGAAAAUGUCAUGCGGACAGGAUGUUGACGUCGAAGAGUUAGCUUCCCUGACCGGGGGAUAUUCUGGCGCUGAAAUAAUAGCGGUAUGUCAAGAAGCUGCCUUAUGUGCAAUGGAAGAAGAUCUUGAUGCAAAAGAGUAUGCUUCGCUUGCAGCAUUCUUGUUAGACAAUGGCCAACCGUACAAGACCGCUCACGCCGCUAGCAUGUGUGAAUUCCUAAUAGAAUUAUACUUUUUCCCCUCCCUGAAAAAUUCUAGAUUCAUAUACUACUUAGGUAUCGUGAUAUUGGUGAUAGGUCAGGUUGCCAGGAGUUUGGCUAUGUGGCACGCGAAGCACAAUUUUACCCACCAGAUUGCAGUCUAUAAACGUGAAGAACAUGUGCUUGUGAAAACUGGCAUUUAUGCGUGA